CCAUGUAAUCUUAGAAAAGGUGGCGGCAUUCUAUUGCUUUCCCCUGGGACGUUCCGCCAGACAUGGCCUUGUUUGCUUUCCGGCUCGUUGGAGCGACACUUGGUCGCUGUCGCUUAACGAGGCUCUUGCUGACGCCUAGCCGUGCCGCCCGUCGCUGCGCAGGUUGGCGGCCGCAGAGCUCCGCGUUCUCCACUUCCCGUAUGGAAGCUGGGGUCAAGUUUUCUCCCGCCGGCUGGACCUUCUUCGAUGAGCCGGUGGUCAUUUCGGUGGAGGGGCUGCGGCCCGAACAGGAGGUCACCCUCCGGGCGUCGCUCCGAGACGAAACCGGAGAGCUGUUCGAUACGCGGGCCUUCUACCGGGCAGACAUCGACGGUUAUCUGGACCUGAGCCGCUCGCCGGCGCUGGAGGGCGGCAGCUUCUCCGGUCUAGAGCCGAUGGGCCUGCUGUGGUCGCUGAAGCCUCAGAACCCUUUCAGGCGCCUGGUGAAGCGCGAUGUGCGCCGCCCCUUGGUGCUGGAGCUGGAAGUGGUGGAAGGUCACAGCGCGUCCGGGCGCCUGCUGGCCAAGGGCGCCCACGACCGGGUCUUCCUGCGCGACGGCGUCCAGAGGAUCACGGUGCGAGAAGGAAGGGUCCGGGCCACGCUUUUCCUGCCCUCCGGUGAUGGCCCCUUUCCUGGAGUUAUUGACAUUUACGGAACUGGAGGAGGGCUUCCUGAAUACCGAGCAUGUCUGUUGGCCAAACACGGCUUUGCCAUGUUAGCAUUGGCCUAUUAUGGGUAUGAAGAUCUUCCUAAGAAUAUGAAGGAAUUCCACUUGGAGUAUUUUGAAGAAGCCGUAAAUUACAUGCUGAAACAUCCAAAGGUUAAAGGUCCAGGAGUUGGGCUGCUUGGACACUCCAAAGGGGGUGAUCUCUGUGUUUCCAUGGCCUCUUUCUUAAAGGGCAUCACUGUGACAGUCACAAUUAAUGGCUGUAUAGCCAAUGUAGGCGCAACACUGCACUAUAAAGAUAUCACCAUUCCACCCCUUGGCUUUGAUGUAAAGCGGGUCAAAAAGAACAAGAGUGGGUUAUUUGACAUUACUGAUGCCCUGGACAACCCACUUGAGGAUCCUGGCCGCCAGAGCUUUAUUCCACUGGAGAAGGCUGAGGGACGCUUUCUUUUCAUUGUAGGCCAGGAUGAUCGUAACUGGAAGAGUGAAUUCUUUGCUGUUGAAGCUUCCAAACAUUUGCAGGCUCAUGGAAAAGAAAAACCAGAGAUAAUUUGCUAUCCUGGAGCAGGACAUUACAUUGAACCACCUUAUACGCCAAUGUGCCCAGCUUCAAUGCAUCUCUUGGUGGGCAGCCCAGUAGUCUGGGGAGGGGAACCCAAGGCUCAUGCUGUCGCACAGGUGGAUGCCUGGCAGCAGAUUCAAAACUUCUUUCACAAACAUCUCAAUGGUAAACAAGACAAAAUACUAAAUAAGCUGUGAGAGCAUUGGUUUUUAGAAGAUAAAAAGUUGUGUGAAUGUUUUGCUAAACAGAAUUUUGGGAAUGAAAGAAAGCUUGGAGUUGACUGAUGUAUGUGUGAGGGGGGGUGCAGGGGCGCACAUGCAAGAAGACUCACAAGUGAUGGGGUCCAUACCUUUUUCUUUUUUCUUUUUCAAACAUUGUGCCUAAGCUCUUUAUUCUGUACUGGUGUUUUGUAGGCUGGGCACUCCAUGCCAGUUGCACCACCAAGAUGAAAAAUGGCAGAUUCAGAUAUUAACUUAUAGACAGAACAAACUAAUCCUUCCUCUACUCCAUGUAUACAUAGAUGGGGCUGCAGUUUGACCCCUAUUGUAUUUUAAUAAAAGAAUCUCAUGCAGUUAUUUUGGACAUAACUGAAUCAACUGAUUCUAUUAGUAGCUGAAAUUUAUACAAAAUCCAAGAGUAGGAAUGUGCUGCCUUUUUCUCAUAUUUUCCCCUCUUUUCCUGAAAAGAAUAACAUGUUUUCCAUCCUUCUGCUACUUUUUGUGGUUGUAUAGUGUGCACCCGCAAAAAGAACUACAUGAGUAAGCACUUCAGUUUCCUGUGUAAAGUGGAAGGUUGGGAUGUUUAUUCAUUUACUAAAUCUGGUGGGGAGAGCUGUAUGCUGGCAUUUUAAAUAGAGCCUUUUCUGAUCGGCAGAUCUGCUCUAACCCUUAAGUGGGAGCAGAACUGUUAGCUGGGAGAAAUAUAUUUCAAACCUAAAGCUUGGUCCCUCCUUACCAGGAGAUGUUCUCAUGAGUAACCAUUCUAGACUGCUACUUUUGACAGAUUGGGGUGCUUAUUCAAGAGCAGACCCAAUUGUUUUCAUGAUGCCUAUUCAGAUACUGCACAGAAGUGGCCUUAUUUGGGUUAUAGCAUAAAGUAACUUCAUCAGAUUUUCCUUGGAUAUAUUCCAUGGGGGGAAGCUGGUAUGUUCAAAUUACAUUGAGGAUCACACUACCAAACUGUUCUGUGUAGUGAAAAGAGUUUGGAAAUGCCAUUUUUAGAAGUGCUGUACUUUGCUAGAAGAGGUAAACUGCCUAGGCGCUAACAGUGUUAUAAGGUUGGAUCAAACUUUUCCUUUCUAGUUGCAGUUCUUGUUAAAAUCUGCUGCAAUUUAAUAUACAGACAACAGUCUGUAUGUUCUCAGGCUAUAAAGUUGAGUGAAGAAUUUAUAGAACUUCUGUUUGUCAUUUAGAAGUGUUUGCAAAUCUAAGCUGGUACUAUCUAGUUUAACUCAAUUUUGUAUACUGAUAAAAAUGUUUGAACUGAAUUACGCACUGUUUUCA